AUGCCCCCACCGCCACUCCCGUCCCCCACCACCCAGCUCCAGUCCCACGACCUCGUCGCAUCCCUCCCCGCCCCAUACCUCAGGCUCCUAGUCCUCUUCGCCCGCCCAAUCAAAGCAGCAAGGCAUGCCCUCGAGGUACUCCUCUGGACACCCGGCAGGAGAGUCGAGAGCUGGAUGGUCGUCGCCGCAUGGUGGGCACUCUGUCUAGGCUCGCAGCCCGCCUUCCGGUAUCUGUUGCCGCCUCUUCUCUUCCUGCCGCUGAUACCCUUGACCACUCUGCGCCUAAAGCAGGGAGGAAAGAAGCUUCCGGACAACACCCCCUCUUCCCCUUCCACACCCGACACUCUUCUCCUCACAUUGGCUGACAUCAACGCGGUCUACGCUCUGAUGCCCGCAUCGCCUCUGCCAGCGACAUCAGACAUCUACGCCCGUUUUAGGCAGCUCGGUGUCGUGCGUCUCGUUAGAGGUCUGGUUGUCAUCUGGGGGACGUGGCUCGUGCUAGGCCAGUUUGUCUUUGGUUACAGGACGCUCUUGGCGCUGCUCGGUAGCAUCGCUCUUCUCUUGCCUUCGCCUCCUUUGGCCCACCUCAUCACGCUGUUGUCAAACUCGCUGUUCUUUAGGCAGCUGCUGGCAUUGGCGUUCCUCUUUACGUUCGGGUCACCUCCCGAGACGUCGUACCGCUUCAAACUCAACUUUUCGCUUUGGGGCUGGCUCAAGUCCAAGUGGACCGCUUCACGUCGGCCAUCAUCCACCUUUUCUUUCCGAAAGCCGGCCGAGAAAAGCAGCAUUCACGUUGACAAGAAGGAAGAACAAGAGGAUGAUAGUGUCAAGGUGGAAGACCCCAUCUAUUUUCGCUUCGAGAUUCACGAGAAUCAGCGAUGGUGGAUGGGCCUCGACUGGACGUCGGCUCUUCUUCCUCAAGAGCGUCCCAGCUGGUGUGACUCGCAUGUCCUCCCAGUAUCGCCGCCUUCCUCAUUCACCCUCCCUGCGCCGGUUUCCAUCGUCAUCAAUACAGCCACCAUGACGAACAGGUAUGCCCGUAUCAGACGAUCGGCAGAGUGGAAGUGGCUGGAUGACGACUGGUCCAUCGUGCGAGCUGGCCCGGGGCUUUCUAAUGUUGAAAACAAAGCUCCUUCUGCUCCCAUACCUCGUGACCUGGAUACCGAAACAGACGAUGCGGCCGCUCAGCCGACAGCCCAGAAUGCCCACCCUUCAUCAUUCAUCAGUGGCUUUGGCACCUCGCCGACGGCCCAGUCCGACGAUGCUCCCUUCUCUCCUACUCGGGCCCAAUCCAUGGCUGAGCAAGCCUUCGCCAAGGGCCUCGAGAAGCUCAAGGGCAGAGCAGUCAGUUCGGGGACGCCUGGUGCUGCUGUCAAUAGUUCACCGAGGAAGAGUGGGGAAUUGUUGAGGGAUCGAAAGGGGAGUCAUGAUACUGUGAUUCAAGACGAUGCGGCGUCAAUAACGGCGCCAACCGUGGCGGGUGGUGCAGGGAACCUGCCAACAGAGACUGUACCGGAAACGGAUACGGCGACGGACAAUGACGGUUGGGUAUAUGGCGACAACAAGUGGGAGAACGUGGGUCCCAAGGGUGGCUUGGGCAAGUUUACCAGAAGACGGAGAUGGCAACGACGAGCAGUCUGCAUCGAGACUAUCCGCAGAUUGAAACCUACCGAUGAACCCGCCAUCGUCAUCCCUUCUCCUGGGCCCGAGUCUGAAGUAGCCACUCCUACAGCCCACACACCUGUCCCCCUGUCUCCCCUCAAAUCCAAACCUGUUGUCGCUGUAUCAGAAGCGCCUAAGGCCGAAGAUGCAGGGGUUACUUCAUCAAAGUCACACGUCGACAACGGGGGUACGAGCUCGACGGCUAAUAUUUCGAGGGAUGAAGUCCUGAGGCAGCGAUUAAAGAAGGCUAUGGGUAAUGCGGGGGCUUGA